CGGCGCUUCUUAAAGUCUUUAGACAAACACUGAACACACUGAGAUCGGGCGGACGAGAUCACAGAAGAACUUAAAAGGAGCACUUUUAAAGAUUCGGACACUUUAAGCAUGAGUUCAGGGUUGUGUUGAUAUGUUUUCAUGCACGUUUAAUCAAUGGUCUGUGGUAUUUUUCUCAGAUAAUCAAUAAAAACAUGAUGAUGAGGAGAGAGUUUUCAGUCCCGGAUUAAAGGAAUCAUCCUAACAGUGGCUUCAGGUUUAACAUUAGACUUCUGUACAGAAUUAAAGAAAGUAAAGAUCGAGUUAAUGGCGUUUUUGGUCAAGAAGAAGAAGUUUAAGUUUCAGACACAUUUCACACUGGAGGAGCUGACAGCUGUACCGUUUGUCAAUGGAGUUCUCUUCUGCAAGAUCAGACUGCUGGAUGGAGGAGAUUUCACUGCAUCAUCCUCCAGAGAAGAAGUCCAUCAGAACUCUGUUCGCUGGAGAAAGAGGUUCUCUUUUGUGUGCAAAAUGAGCGUCAACCCUAACACUGGAGUCCUGGAUCCCUGUAUGUGUCGAGUGUCUGUGCGGAAGGAACUCAAAGGAGGAAAAGCAUAUUCAAAGCUGGGCUUUGCUGAUCUGAACAUGGCGGAGUUUGCUGGCUCAGGCUCCACCGUGCGCUGCUGUCUGUUGGAGGGAUACGACACCAAAAACACCCGACAGGACAACUCCAUCCUAAAGGUGACCAUUGGAAUGACGCUCUUAUCUGGAGAUCCGUGUUUUAAAACUCCUCCAAGCACUGCCAAAUGUAUACCUGUGGCUGGUCGAGACUCUUCCCUGCAGCCGGACUGUAAAGGAGAGGGAACAUCUGAAGUCAUUUUACCUCGACUGUCUAAACCAAGACCUUCAAUACUCGGUCUUUCUGAGGAUGCAGAUCAAAGUCAAAGUCCAGAUGAAUCAUUUCACACUGGUCAUUCACGCAACUCUAGUUAUGCCAGUCAACAGAGCAAGCUGUCAGGCUACAGCACCGAACACUCCUGCUCCUCCAGUCUGUCUGAUUUGACUCAUCGUAGGAACACGUCAACAGGGAGCAGUGUGAGUGCAGACGCCCCCUCUGAGAGCGACACCCGCCCUGAACGCCCACCUCGACCUCCGCGGCCCAUAUUACCCUCCAACAGACCACAACGAAGGAAACAAGAUUCAGUGGAAGAUCACCCGUCCUGGGUCAACGACACCCGCAUUGAUGCCGAUGACAUUGUGGAGAAGAUCGUUCAGAGUCAGAACUUCUCUGACAUCAGUAAUAAUGAAGAUAGUAACCUGAGACUGUUUGUGAGUCGAGACGGAUCAACAGCAUUGAGUGGAAUCCAGCUGGGCAACAGGGUCUCUGCUGGCGUGUAUGAGCCAGUCGUCAUUGAAAGCCAUUAGAAAUCUACCAAUUCUGUGCGUUUUCUGUUUUGCACGUCGUCUAAAAACAACUGAGGAAGAAUCACACAAACUAAUUGUUUCAGUUCAACCCAUUCUGCUUUCACCAUCAUUCCAACAAAAGUGGUUACUGUGCCAGAACACUGCCGAUUUCUCCAAGAGUCCCAAACAGAAUAAUGUUUCCAUCACCUUCCUUAAAAUGAGUGUGUUCUGCUGACAUUGCACAAUACAAGAACAUGAGACCAUGAAAUAGAUAUUGUCACCAAGUAAAGAUUUUACUUUUGGAUGGAGAUCUCAUCUAGUACCACUGGUGUGUGAUUACAUGUUGUCUACAUACAGUUGUGUGUGUGUAGUUUGUUUUGCCUAUUUCUUUGUUUACUGAAGUUAGUUUCAGAUCAAUAAGUGUUCUCUUGGUUUGGUUUUCUGAGUCUCAUUCUACAAAUGUUCGAUUGCAAAGUUUUGGUAAACCACUAGGGAAGUUUGAAAUGUGUUCUGAAGUUUCUUUAGUUGCCUUAAAGCACUACAAGAGUGUCCAGUGUUUGCAGAUGUCUGACUCAAUAUGAGCACUGUGGUUUUACAGAUGAGUGGGCUCUUUCAGGGCAAUAUUGUGUGAUGUGUCUACUUUUCCUGGAGUAUCAGCUGGUCUGAGUACUGUGAAGGGAAAAGUUCACUGGUGGGUUUUCUGGUAUGAGCUGUUUUUUUUUUUUUCAGUAGAGCAGCAAUCAUAUAUUGUUGUUGUGUAUGUAAACAGGUUCUCCUUUCUAAAGCAGUCCUCAGUUUUUCUCCAUCAUGGCCUUCAGUUGAUGUCUUGCAGAAACCAAACUUGUUGCUGAGCAACAUGAAAUUUCCUCCUUUCAUAUUUUAGUGUUUAAAAAUCAGUUCAAGCACUUUGAGUGAAUCUCUCAAAAACAUGUCCAGGUCACAUUUUACCCAAAAUGUAUUUAUUUUUAUGUGUAUAUUUAUAUAUAUAUAUAUAUAUAUACUAUUAUUACCCAAACAUUAUAUAUAUAUAUAUAUGUGUGUGUGUGUGUG